AUGCUGGGUUAUUACGCCUCAAGUGACCGCGUGUUGUCCCGGUGCGACAAGAAUUCGUCCACGUGGAACCUCCAGGCCGCCGAGAAUGGUCAAAAGGGCAAACAGAUUUUCGAGGUGGGUUGGUGGAACCCGUUGACUGGGCUCAGAAUGACAGACGACCUCCUCCCCCACGUCACCGGGGGGUUUAGAGGACGAAGAAUCGCCGUUACAUCCAUGCACUUUCCCCCGUGGCAAAUGAUCACCCGAGACGACCCCGAAAAUCCGGACAACGUGACCUAUUCCGGCCUCAUGUUCGAAGUUCUCAACCACAUGUCCAAAGAUUUGAACUUUACAUACGAAGUGCUGGAGCCGAGACAUGGCGAAACUUGGGGACACCUCCAAUCUGACGGGUCUUGGUCCGGCAUGAUGAAAUUGGUCGCGGAAAAUAAGGUCGUCCUUGCCGCCGCGGCGUUCACCGUGACGCCAGAAAGGUCAAAUUAUGUCGACUUUACUCAAGUCAUUGAACGAGAAUCGUACGGAUUUAUGGUCAAUCGACCCAACGAGUUAUCCCGCGUGCUCCUCUUUGCGGCCCCAUUUAGUUAUCCGGUCUGGAUCUGCAUAAUAAUCACGGUCAUACUAGUCGCCCCCGUUUUAAACGCGGUCCACCGUUCCAGCUACUUUUACACGUUUUAUCACAAAGUCGACGAAAAUAAUGGGCUCAGCAAGAUGAAAAAUUGCUACUGGUACAUUUACGGCUCACUCCUCCAACAAGGAGGAAUUCAUCUCCCCGAAGCGCUCAGUGGACGAAUGUUGAUCGGAUUUUGGUGGCUUUUUGUGAUCGUGACGGUCACAACGUAUUCCGGAAAUUUAGUGGCGUUUCUGACCUUUCCAAAAAUUGAGAGCCCCGUAAACACGGUGGAAGAUCUGACCAAUUUCCGUGGCGUCGAGUCCUGGGGUUUCCUGGCUGGUAGCGUCAUUGAGGAUCAUCUCAUGCGAUCUUCCGACCCUCAGUUUGAAAUUUUGUAUAAAAAAGCCAUAAAACACGCCGCCUUUAAUAAAACCGUGCUCGACCUGGUCAGCCAUCACCAACACGCCUACAUCGACUGGCAAAUCGUCCUCGCCACCGCGAUCCGCGAUUCGUUAAGAAUUACCGGAAAGUGCGAAUAUAUCGUCGGAUCCGAAUCCUUCUUUGAGGAAAAGAUCGCUCUCGCCGUCCCAAAAAAGAGUCCAUACCUGCCCGUUUUUAACAAACAAAUUGGUCAAAUGUCGCAAACUGGUCUGUUAAAGAAAUGGAAGUCUCGUUACUGGCCGGGGAAGGAUCGCUGCAGUCGGAUGACGAUUUCAGCCGGAAAUCGAAAAGUAGGCGUGGGCGAUAUGCAGGGAUCUUUCUACCUGCUCUGUCUCGGCUUCGGCGUGGCCCUGGUCGUGCUUAUCAUCGAGGUUAUCGUCACCCGCCGGAAAAAGAAGAAGAUGAUCGACACCCUCAAAAUCCUCGUCGGCGGGGCGGGAAAAGACAUCAAAUUUUGGAAAGAUAAACAAUUCCCUUUCCUCCAAUAGGAUAAUUU